GCUACUUUCGCCAACAUCUCUCUAAUCCUUGCUAAGGCAUAUACCUUUUCUUCCUUGUCAUUGCUUCUUAGAUAGAAAUUUACAAUAUAACUUAUCCACUUGGCUAGUGAAAGAUGGAGCCACAAAAAAGAGCAGAAACAAGAGAAGUUGAUGGAGAAAAAUGGGUUUAUGAUUCUUCUGUGGAUCAUAAAGGAAGGGUUCCUCUCCGUGAACGCACCGGUGUUUGGAGAGCUUCUCUUUUUAUCAUCGCAAUUGAAUUCAGUGAGAGGUUGAGUUACUUUGGAAUAGCAACCAGCUUAAUCAUUUACCUGACAAAAGUGAUUCAUCAAGACCUCAAGACUGCUGCCAAGAGUGUGAACUAUUGGUCUGGAGUGACUACUGUGAUGCCUCUAUUUGGAGGCUUUGUUGCUGAUGCUUGCUUGGGCCGAUUCUCCACGGUUUUAGUUUCUUCUAUGAUCUAUCUUCUGGGUUUGAUUCUUUUAACAAUGUCCCAAUAUGUUCCAAGCCUAAAGGCUUGUGAAGAAUCUAUGUGCCACGAAGCCAGGAAGGUUCAUGAAAUGGUCUUCUUCUUUGCCAUUUAUUUAAUCUCCGUAGGAACUGGAGGACAUAAACCCUCCUUGGAGAGCUUUGGAGCCGAUCAAUUUGAUGACGAUCACUGCGAAGAAAGAAAGAAAAAAAUGUCAUAUUUCAACUGGUGGAAUUUGGGCCUUUGCUCCGGACUUCUCCUUGGGGUGACUCUGAUUGUUUACACACAAGAUCAUGUUAGCUGGGGUGCUGCAGACAUUAGUCUCACAGUGGUUAUGGUUCUAUCACUAGCUAUCUUCAUCAUUGGAAGGCCAUUUUACAGAUAUAGGGCACCAUCAGGCAGUCCCUUAACGCCAAUGUUGCAGGUUCUUGUAGCUGCCAUAAGAAAAAGAAACCUUCCACAUCCUUCCAAUCCUGCUGAAUUAUAUCAAGUCUCCAGGAUGGACAAUGGGAGGCUUCUCUGCCACACCAAGAAGCUCAAGUUUCUUGACAAAGCGGCUAUUCUGGAAGACACAGAAAAUUCUGCUAAGAAGCAAAGUCCUUGGAGACUUGCAACCGUGACCAAGGUUGAGGAGAUGAAGCUUGUCCUCAACAUGAUCCCAAUAUGGCUCGCCACACUGCCAUUUGGAAUUUGUGUAGCACAGGCCUCCACAUUCUUUAUCAAACAAGGCACCACGUUGAACAGAAAGAUUGGCAAUGGUUUCGAAAUUCCUGCUGCCUCCAUUUAUUCACUUGCUGCCAUUGGAAUGAUAAUCUCAGUCACUAUUUAUGAGAAGAUCCUAGUGCCAACGCUAAGAAGGAUAACAGGAAAUGAGCGAGGAAUCAAAAUCCUCCAGAGAAUUGGUAUUGGAAUGCUCUUCUCAAUCACCACGAUGAUAGUUGCAGCCAUAGUUGAGAGAAAGAGGCUAAAUAUUGCAGAUAAGGAUCCACUGAAAGGGUCAAUUUCAAUGAGUGUGUUUUGGUUGGCUCCACAAUUUUUCAUCAUAGGAAUUGGAGAUGGAUUCACACUGGUGGGGUUGCAAGAGUACUUCUAUGACCAAGUUCCUGACUCAAUGAGGAGUUUAGGCAUUGCCUUCUACCUUAGUGUGAUUGGAGCUGCAAACUUCAUUAGUAGUCUGCUGAUAACAGUUGUGGAUCAUAUCACAGAGAAAAAUGGGAAGAGUUGGUUUGGCGAGGACUUGAAUAAUAGCCGCUUAGACAACUUUUAUUGGCUUUUAGCAUGCAUGACUGCAGCUAAUUUAUUCGUUUAUGUGUCCUUGGCUCGGCGAUAUUCAUACAAAAAUGUGCAGAGGAACAUGGUUGUGGCUGCUUGCCCUCCAGAAAAUAAUAAUAAUAAUAAGGGCGAUUUAAUGGCUUGAAAAGCAACUUUGAAAGGAUCUUUUUCCUUAUAAUUAAAUAAUUAUGUCAUGUUAAAAUUUAUCAAGUAUUUGAAUGAAUCUGUUAUAGCUACAAAUGUUGUGUAGAGAAUCUCCAAAUUGCUAGAACAUAUGUAUGUGUUGGAAAAAUCAAUGAAUUAAUUGGUUGUUGUUUGAGUGAAA